AUGGAUAAAUCAGAAGGUACCAGGGCUUCUCGCGAUCAAGAGACGCCGAAGGCCACAGAUAGCAUCGCAAUGCGUCGAGACAGCCUGGCUUCCCAUGAUUCCCGCACGGUUACCUCAGAAGAGUCACACACGGCAAAAGAGUUUAUUGAGAAUCAACUACAACUCGAAGCCGACGCGCGCGAAGUCCUUCCAUAUUCCUUCGACUCGUGCUCGCAAGUCCUAGGUCCCCUCCGACAAAGCCUCUUUGCCUGCAUUACCUGCAACCCGGCUACAAACCCCGACGAGUCGUAUACCCCCGCCGGCGUCUGCUAUUCUUGCUCCAUCUCCUGUCAUGGCGAGCAUACCCUAGUCGAGCUCUUCGGCAAGAGAGACUUUGUCUGUGAUUGCGGAACCACGCGCCUUCCUCCAUCUGCUCCCUGCACGCUCAGAUAUGACCCGAAGACUGGUCAAAAAGGCGUCCACUCUCAGGAGCCCGCGGCAAACAACAAAUACAAUCAGAACUUCCAAAACAAGUUCUGCGGAUGUAGUGAACCCUACGAUGCCGAGAAAGAGAAGGGGACUAUGUUCCAGUGCCUCGGCCUGGGUACCGUUGAGACUGGAGGCUGCGGGGAGGACUGGUGGCAUCCGGAGUGUAUCGUUGGUUUGCCCCGGGACUGGCAUAAUGCGGAACAGAAGGAGGGAGAGGAACAUAACGAGGACGAGGAACCGCCUUUGCCCCCGGGCUUCCCUGCAGAGGAUGACUUUGAGACCUUCCUUUGCUACAAGUGCAUUGAGUCGAAUCCUUGGCUGAAGCGCUACGCCGGGACUCCCGGUUUUCUGCCUCCCAUUCACCACCAGGGUGAUCAAUCCAAGGUUCCCGAGAACAGUGAUGCUGGCAAAGAAGACUCGAAUACAACGUCACAAGAGCACGAAGGCAAUGCAAAGAAGCGCAAACUCGAAGAUGAAGAGGACGAGCCAGCAGCAAAGAAGCCAAAGGCCGACCAAACCACUCCCGCAGACCCUGAGCCCAAGUCCGAACCCAAAUCCAAACAAUCCAAACCAGAACAACCACAACAAACCACCAACAAACACGACACCCUCCCCAAAACCGCACCCACCGGAACCUUCUCCCUGUUCCUGAAAGAAGACUUCCGCGACCACCUCUGCCGCUGCCCUGAGUGCUAUCCACACCUCUCCAUCCACCGCCAACUCCGCGAAGAAGAAGAAACCUAUGAACCCCCACUCUCAGAAGCCGGCGACGAAGAACCCAACGGUGGCGGAAGCACGGGUACCGGAUCCCUCCUCGACCGCGGCGAAGCAGCGUUCAGUAACAUGGACCGCGUUCGGGCUAUUGAAGGCGCUAUGGUCUACAAUCAUCUGCGCGAUAAGGUGAAGGAGUUCCUAAAGCCGUUUGCGGAGAGCGGGACAGCUGUUGGGGCGGAGGAUAUUAAGGAGUAUUUUGCAAAGUUGAGGGGUGAUGAUCCUGCUGCGGCGGCGUCUGGUGAUGGGAAGAGUAAUGAUAAUGAGAGUGGUAAUAGGCAUGAACAGAGUGGGUACUGA